GCAGGGCGGGCGUGGGGAGGGGACCAGAGCCACCGUGGUGGUUGCUCCCCAGAAGAUGGGGACGGGCACAGUGUCCCCGAGCAGCCCUGUGUCCCCAGGGGGCAGCCCCGGAUGCACCCCGCAAAGGGCUGCAUGGGGCCGGGGAACAGGGCCCAGACCCCCAGAGAUGCCCCACGCCUGAGAGCACCGCUCCCCGCGGGUCCCGCGUGGGGACACGUCCCCAGCGAGUGGCAGGGGUGCGGGAGACAUCCCGGCAGCAGGACCUGGCCCAAGAGGCCCUAAGGCAGGUGCCUGUUGCCGUUUCAGCUGGUGGCACCGGGCGGCCAUAGGGCACGUCCCCACCACCUCCACGGCGGGGACAGUCCGGGGGCUGGGGACAGGAGGGAGGCAGGGGACGGAUCGGUGCUGCCCGCCAGGCCAGGGGAGGGGUGUGUUGGUGGCAGCCUGCACCCGUGGGACGGGGCUUGGGGACCCCGGUCCAAGCUGGCCCUGGGCUAACUGGGCCAGGGGAACGUGGCCUGGGGUCGCUGCAGGCUGCGUGUGGGGCGUUACGGGGGUGCCUGGCUCGGCGCAGCUCCGUGGCCCCCCUUCCUGCCUCUCCCCCUCCUUCCUCCAGGGCUACAGCUCAGAGCAAGAGCGAGGGGUAUAAAAAUAGUGCAGCAGCAACCACCAGCCCCGGCCCGGCGGGGAGAGGGUGUGUGCAGCUCGCUGCGCGUCCCCAGCACCGGCACAUCCCAAAAUAGCCGCAGGGGCCGGGGGGCUGGGGCCCUGCAGCCAACCCAGACCCGAGGCACGGGACCUGCCCGGCUCCCGGUGGGUCCUUUGGGUGCGUGCAGCCCGCGACCGCCCCCAGCCCUCUCCAGCCCCCUCCUCCCAGGGGGACGGGGCUGUGGGUGCUCCCCAGGACCCCCGGUUUUGGGGCCAGCUCUGCAGCGAGAGGGGAGCCACCUGCAGCCACGACCGUGGGACUCGCUCACCGCAUCGCCCUCCUCGCCGGAGCCCGGCAGCUCUGCUCUCCCUUCGCUCCUUCCUCUCCAUCACCCCAUCCGCAGCGCCCAUCUCCAUCGGGGGGAAGAGGCUGCAGCCGGGGCUGGGAGCUCCGCGGGGUCACCGGGAGCGCCUCGAGCCCCCGGCACACAUGGGGAGGACGGGGCUCUCGCCGCCGCUGCCCACAGCCCAGCACCUCUUCCCCGAGCACCACCUCACCAUCACGCUUUUUUCCUCUUGUUUCUUCUCUUGCAGGUUUCACAUGGGGAACCUUCUUAAAGUGUUGACUUAUAACGAACUUGACCAAGGCCCUAAUUUUUUCCUUGACUUUGAAAAUGCGCAGCCGACGGAGGCCGAGACGGCGGUGUGGAACCAGGUGAACGCCGUGCUGGAGGAGGCGCAGGGCGUCCUGGCCGAGCUGCAGUCCUACACGGGCGCUGGGCAGGAGAUCCGAGAGGCCAUCCAGAACCCCGGGGACCUGCGGCUGCAGGAGAGGGCCUGGAGCGCCGUGUGCCCCCUCGUCGCCAAGCUGAAGCGCUUCUACGAGUUCUCCCUGCGGCUCGAGAACGCCCUGCGGAGCCUGCUGGAGGCCCUCACCAGCCCCCCGUACGCCCCCACGCAGCACCUCGAGCGGGAGCAGGCCUUGGCCAAGCAGUUCGCUGAGAUCCUGCACUUCACCCUCAGCUUCGACGAGCUCAAGAUGACCAACCCUGCCAUCCAGAACGACUUUAGCUACUACAGAAGGACCAUCAGCCGAAAUCGAAUCAACAACCUGCAGCUGGAUGCGGAGAGCGAGGUGAACAACGAGAUGGCCAACAGGAUGUCCCUCUUCUACGCCGAGGCCACCCCCAUGCUCAAAACCCUCAGCAACGCCACCACCAAGUUCGUCUCGGAGAACAAGACCCUCCCGAUCGAGGACACGACCGACUGCCUGAGCACCAUGGCCUGCGUCUGCAGGGUGAUGCUGGAGACCCCGGAGUACCGCAGCCGCUUCACCAACACCGAGACCCUCCUCUUCUGCAUGCGGGUGAUGGUCGGCGUCAUCAUCCUCUAUGACCACGUCCACCCCGUAGGGGCCUUCGCCAAGACCUCCAAGAUCGACAUGAAAGGGUGCAUCAAGGUCCUGAAGGACCAACCCUCGACCAGCACCGAGGGGCUCCUGAACGCGCUGAGGUACACCACCCGGCACCUCAACGACGACACCACGUCCAAGCAGGUCCGGGCCCUGCUGCAGUGAGCGCGGUGCCCGCGGGCCGCGUCCGCCACCGCGCACGUCACCGAGUUAUCUACGCCCAUGACCAUAGUGCUCGUUUGUACAGGGGGAGAAGGGACAGAAUAAACACACAGAAAUGUAAAA